AAUUCUGCAAGUAGUUCUGAUUUACUAUCGCUGUUCUCUAGCUGGUCUAAAACCGCUUUUGACAUAAAGGGACGCUUUUUGGAUGCCAUGGACAUUUCUAAGUUUCCAGGCAGAAAGAACAGUAAAAAUGCAAGCAGGGCACAGGACAAAGCAGUAGGGACAAAAUAUAUGUGAAAUGCUUUGAAACAAAAAUGUAAUUUUUUUAAAUUUUCAAAUUUGCCGCCGGUUCCGACCCCCGUACGUCCCAUAUGUUCCGACGCUUGCAGGGACCAGAACACGGAAGCCGGAUGCCGGCAUCGGCCGGAGGAGAUGGCCGGGGACGCUGCAGGGGGGACAU